AUGGAUUACAUGUUUGCGUUUGCUCACGUCUUCAGCCACGACCUGCAACAGUGGAAUGUUUCGGGUGCCAGUACGGACGGCAUGUUCGAUGGUGCGACGCUUUUUGACAAGUCGCCAUGCAGCGCUGGCAGGACAUCCGCAGAGAACGGGCUCGGCUGCAGAGCCUGCCCGGCAGGGCGCUUCUCGCUGGCAGAUUCUGACAGUUGCGAAGAGUGUGGCGCGAACGAGGUGCCCCUUCCGGACCUGAGCAGUUGCAUGGCUUGUUCCGAUUCCCAAUAUGCACCGCGGGGUUCGGACGCAUGUUUGCCCUGUCAGUGGCCUCUCCUGGUUGUGGAGGAAGGCUGUGCAUGGUGGCACUUGCUCGCAGCGGCAGGGUGCCUUCUUAUGAUCCUUACGAUCUUGGGCUGCAUGGUCUCAUACCGCCGAAGGAGGAAAGCUGCGAGAGCCGAGAAGCUGAUGAUGCAGUUGUUUGAGGACAUGUGGGAUGAGGGCCCAGAUACAGCCACGCACUACCAGCGGUUGCUACGUGGGCAUGGGGUUGACAAGGCCACAAUAGCUGGACGCAUCCAGGAAUUCCGCAAGGUGCAGAGCCAAACAGGCGGAGUGAGCAUGAGCUACCUGCUGUCGGCCGACUUCAGUGACCUAGCACGACAGCGCACGGGCCAAAGCGACCCCACCUUCAAUGACAUGAAAGAUGCCUUCUGGUUGUCAGAUGACCCAGUAGGGCAAAAGGUGAUUUGUCCCCGCGAUGGUCGAGAGGGCUGCGCGCUCGUCGACUGGAUUCCACGUAACCACCGUCGGCAGCAAACUCACUUCAUGUCCUGGACGUGGCGCUACCACCUGUCGCAAAUCACAAGCGCUCUAGAUAUGCACAGAAAGAGCAUGUCCGAGCUGGUGCCGGAGGACGUUUUCUUUUACAUGUGCUUCUUCGUCAACAAUCAAUUUAGGAUUAUCGUGGAGGCCACUGGCUCAGGAAGCGACAAUCUCGAAGAAGUUGUCGAGAGCAACUUGCGACGAAUCGGCCGCAUGAUCGCCGUCCUUGACACUUGGGAUGAACCUGUGUACUUGACCCGCAUCUGGACCUUGUACGAACAGUUCGUGGCGUCGAAAAUAGGGAUUGAGGUUAGCUUUGCAAUGCCCGCGCAAGCUUCCGAGACGCUAGAGCUGCAGGUAAGUCAAGGAAACGAAGGUAUCAGGACUGUGACGAAGUCGGUGGGCCGCGUUGACGCGAUGAGUGCGAAAUCAUGGAAAGAGGACGACGAGAUCAAGAUGAAGAUGUUCAUACAACAGACAGUGGGCUUUAAGGAUGUCAACAAGCAUGUAAUCGAAGCUAUCGCGACAUGGCUCGGGAACGUGGUGCAAGACAUGUUUCAGCGCGAAAUUGACUCGUACCGCGAACACUUCACGGAGACCUCCUUAGAUGAAGGUCACGUGCCUGUAUAG